GCCUGGAGCCGGCGUCAUCUCUGUUUGAAUCGGCGCCUCGGAAAAGUCAAAACAGUGUAAACCUAAAACCUGAAAAAAAAAAAAUCAAAUCUUUAAUAAGCAAGUGUCAAUCACAAAUCAACUUAACAAGAAAGAAAACUUUCUCAAUUUUUUCUUUCAAAGUUUUUCCCUUUUAUCCGAUUUCAUCUUCUUCCUCUCUUCUCUGUUCAAUGGAUUCGAAUUUCUGGGCAUCUCGUCUCGCCGCCGCCAAGAGACAGUUCACGAUGCAGCACAAUCAUCUGCAGACAUCACCCCUAGAUCGGUUAAUCAUAGAUGAUUUGGAGAUUGAAGAAGAGAUGACAGCGGAUGUCUCUUGCCCAUACUGUUAUGAGGAAUUUGAUGUCGUUUCUCUUUGUUCACAUCUCGAAGACGACCACUCUUAUGAGUCCAAAGUGGUGACUGUUUGUCCAAUAUGUUCUGUCAAAGUAUCUACAGAUUUGUUAAGCCAUAUUACUCUGCAACAUGGACAGUUAUUCAAGUUGCAGAGACAUCAGAGAUUAAGGAAAUUAUUAGCAAUGCCUAAUAGUCAGGCUCUCUCUUUCUUAGGAAGAGAUCUUCGUGAAGCCCAUUUGCAGGCGCUUCUAGAAGGAGCAGCUGGUGGUGGUGGCGGCGGUGGUUUUAGAUUAUCAAGUAAUAAUUCAACUUCAUCCAAUGCAGCUGCUGUUGAUCCACUUCUUUCUUCUUUCUUCUUAAACUUCCCUGCACUGCCUGAAUCUGAAGAAAAAACAAAAUCCCUUCUUCUAUCCAAAGCUCAUGAGGAGAAUCCUCCUGAGAUUGAGAAGAAGCUACCUAAUAUCUGGAAAACAAGGAUUGAUUCAUCACCGUUAAGCAUGGAGGAACGAGAAAAGAGGAAUAGACAGGCGGCUGGAAGAGCUGGCUUCUUGCAGGAUCUUCUUGUGUCUACUCUUAUGAAUAGCGAUUAGCAACGAGUAACAAGUUGUUGAAACAUAUGAUCUUUCGAAAACUAAACUAAAGUUAGCUAGAGAAAAACAGGUAAAAAAAAACAUAUUUAAAUUUUUUUUUUUUUCAAAAUGGGGUCAUUGGCAAUCUUCUAAUUCUAAGGGUUGUGUUUUAUACAACUGAUAUAUAUUAUAUCCCAAUUUAACUCUCUUUUUUUCUCA